CUUUUUACAAAAUGUCCGACAGUAAUAAUCAAAAGUCAGAUUCGGAACCUAGCAGUAAAAAAAUUAAAAUUGACCAUGAAAGUGGGAAUAAUGUGAGUGGAAUUCAUUUGCAAUUAAAAGACUUUAUAUUGGAGAAGAUUUUAAACAAUAACACUAAUAGAAAAACAGUGUGUGUGCUUGGAAAAUUCAAAGACAAAAGUGGCGUGGCUUUGGUUAUUUUAGAGAAAAAUGCUUUCAAGGAAGAAGAUUUGGACAAUGAGGGCUACUUUUCCGUAGAUACAGAGUUGAAAACGUUCUUCGAGAACGAUAUCUACGGGAACUACGAGUGUUUCCCUCGGUCCUCAAUUAAUGGUAUAAAGACAUCCAUAAUAUACCCUGCUACAGAGAAGCAUAUUGCCAAGUUCAGCCAACAGGAGCGCCAUAUCGUGCUGGAAACUCCCGAGCUGUACCAGAAGCUCACACUACCUCAUUUGGAGAAAGAGCAGUUUAAUUUGCAGUGGGUCUACAACAUCCUAGAAGGCGAGAGUGAGCAGGACAGAAUAGUCUACGACAAUAAGUGUGAAAGAGACGGGUUUGUGUUGGUUCCGGACCUCAAGUGGGACGGAGUUACCAAGGAGACUCUGUACUUGCUGGCUAUUGUGAGGAGGAGGGGGCUUAAGUCCUUGAGGGAUCUGGAUCAUAGUCAUCUGCCACUGUUGAAGAGGAUUCGGGACGAGGGCAAGAAAAAGAUUUUCGAGAAGUACAACGUACCGGCAUCACAGCUGCGGGUCUACGUCCACUACCAGCCGUCGUUCUACCAUCUCCACGUACACUUCACUUACCUACGCCACGAGGCGCCCGGCAUCUAUGUAGAGAAGUCGCAUCUACUCGACACUGUCAUCGAUAACAUAGAAAUGAAACCAGAUUACUACCAAAAAGCUACACUACCCUUCACAAUCCGUGAAAUGGACAACAUUUUUAACAUCUACGAAACAAAUGGACAUGUCCAGAGAAUUAAACAAGAUGUUGAAUUAAUCGAUAAGUAACUUUUAUAUAUUUUUUGUAA